CAUCGCGGCCUUCACCAACUUGGUGUGACAGAGCUCCCGGGCGAUUCCCGGUGUCACCCGCAGAGGGCGCUGGCCGCCGAGCCGCUUGCAGAGUCGCGAGGCCGGAAGAAUUGCGGCACCGCCCCUCUAGCUCCAGCCGCCGCCAUGAAAGCUGUGGUGCAACGCGUCGCUCGGGCCAGCGUCACAGUUGGAGGAGAGCAGAUAAGUGCCAUUGGACAGGGCAUCUGUGUUUUGUUGGGCAUUUCUCUGGAAGAUACUCAUAAGGAACUGGAGCACAUGGUCCGAAAGAUUUUAAACUUACGUGUGUUUGAGGAUGAGAGUGGGAAGCACUGGUCGAAGAGUGUGAUGGACAAACAGUAUGAGGUGUUAUGUGUCAGCCAGUUCACCCUCCAGUGUGUCCUCAAAGGCAACAAGCCCGACUUCCACCUGGCAAUGCCCACGGAGCAGGCAGAGAAUUUCUACAACAGCUUCCUGGAGCAGCUGCGCAAGGCAUACAGGCCAGAGCUCAUCAAAGACGGCAAGUUUGGUGCAUACAUGCAAGUCCACAUUCAGAACGAUGGGCCUGUGACCAUAGAACUGGAAUCCCCAGCUCCUAGUGCUGCUACAUCUGACCCAAAGCAGGUGCAUUCUGUCAAACUCUCUACCUUCAGUUUACAAAUGAGUAAAGAAGGACUGACAAGAAAGGAAAGCAAGUUCUGGUUCAAUGAAAAACAUGACCUCUUGGGACUGUCAGCACCACUCCUUGUUCAGUCGUAGAGGAGACACACUUAUAUUGUAUUUCCAAUCAGUGUCGUGAACUCCCACAUUGAGAUCCAGUGGAAUUCAGUGCUCUUAGAAUGCCAUCUGUGAAUUUAUUGCUCUCAGAAUUCUGUCUGUGAAUUUAUUGAUCUCAUAUUGCUGUUGUGAGUUUGGUGCUUUUAGAAAGGUGAAAGAAGAUGAAGGAAAGAAUAUGUAUGAAUGACUCAUGCACAUGGACAACAGUGUUGGGAUUGACUGUCAUCAGCUAAGGGUGGACAGGGCAGAGAAAGGUAAAGGGGGAAAAUUGAGACAAUUGAAUAAAAUAGCAAUAAAAAAGAAUAAAGAAUAAAAGUAGUGAUAGUGCUAAGUUAAUAGAAAUGUAGGUUAUAGCAAAAAGAAUUAUAUGGGAACAUGGGAACAUUCUUAUUUUCUUUGGAAUGUCAAAGAUAUUAUAAUUAACAUGAUUUCUGAUUUAAAAAAAGAAUGUUCUUUGUGAUUCAGUCAUCUCACAAUGCUAUCUGUGAAUUCCAUGCUGUCAGAAUGCUUUCUGUGCAUUUGGUGUCCUCAGAAUGCUAUCUGUGAAUUUGGUGUCUCAGAAUGCUGUCUCAGAAUUCAGUGCUCUCAGAAUGCUGUCUUUGAAUUUGGUGUUCUCACAAAGUUGUGAAUUCAGUACUCUCAGAAUGCUGCCUGUGAGUUCUGUGCUUGCAGGAUGACGUCUAAAUUUGUUGCUCUCAGAAUUCUGUCAGUGAACUCAGUGCUCACAUAUUCUGUGAAUUCAUUGAUUCAGAUUACUGUUGUAAAUUUGAUGUUCUCAGAAUGCUGUCUGUGAAUUUGGUGCUCUAAGGAUUCUGUCUCUAUAUUCUGUGCACUCAGGAUGCUGUCUGUGAAUUGGGCACUGUAAGAAAGCUGUCUAUGAAUCCUAUGCUUUCAGAAUGUGUCUAUGUAUUUGGUGCUGUCAGAAUGCUGUCCAGAAUUAAGUGUCCUCAGAAUGCUGUCUGUGAAUCUGUGCAUUCAGAUGCUGUGUGUGAUUUCUUUUUACUUUAACACUUUUUAUUUUUAUUUUUUAUUGUAUUUUUCCUUUACCAUUUUACUCGCCUUGUACUCCCCUCCCCUCCUAGACUGCUGUCCACGUCCAUCAGUCUUUUUACAUUUUUGCUCAAUCCCUCCACUCCACUACCCUCCCCCACCCUUAACUUCAUCCUGCUAUCUUAGAGUCUGUCUUAUUUUGCUUCCUAGUUCACUUUGUUUAUUAGAUACUAUCUAUGAGUUAAAUCAUAUG